AUGUCGACAACCACAGCAGUACCCGAGUUCUUUGAACUCAGCUGGUCGAUCCUCUUCACCGUCUGCAUGGGAAACGUCUUCUUUGGCUUUCUCGUCUGUGGUAUUACGAGGUUCACCCCUCUAGCUCUUGUGCCCAUCAUCACAUCCGCAGCUGGAGCCAUCGCAAAUGGCCUCUGUUACUACGCCAACUAUGGGAAUCACCCACCCAUUCCCACAGCCGUGACCUCGACUCUUGGGGAUAUCCUCUGGCCGAUUCAAGAAGUGGGAUUGCUUGGGUACAGCUACAUGAUCCUUCAGCAGCUUCUAACAGGAAGCCGUCGGCGGAUAUUCCAAGGAUUAUUCUGGAGUUUCAUCGGAGUCAUUGUCGUGGUCCGUGUUGUCAUCAUCGUCUUCAGGGUGCAGUACAUCCUGCACGGCAACGCGAGUCAUCUCGUCACCGUCAACUACGUCCACAUCGGAUACUUUGGCUCCAUCGCAAUUCUUGAGUGCAUAAGCGCCUAUUUCCUCAUCACGACUCUGGUUGCCGCUGAGCGUGCAUCUCUUCAAGCCGCGCUGCGAGUUGGUCUCUUCAGAUAUUUGGCGCGAAGCACAGAAAUUCGAGUGGCUCUUCUUGCAGUCCAGGGUGUUUUCCGAACGGUUACCCAUGCCAUCAAGACUCCGGGACAGCAGGUGAGCAACAUCGGAAGCCAGCUUGAUCGAUUCGCCUACGCUCUCCUCUGUCUCUUUCCUGUCGUCUUAUACAUCGAUUUGCUGGCGUCCAAACUCAAGUCAGGAAACGGCGGAUCAUCAUCCUACACUGGAGCCAAUGGCAAGACCCAGUCCAAGAAUCGACAAGAAGCCUCGGCCAGGGUGAUCACCAUUGACAGGAAGGGGGGCGAGGAGGCAGUGUAUGAGUCAAGGAUAACUACUCGGAGACACAGUUCGCAGGAGUGCAUCAUGGAGACGGAGUCUUUCGGGACGGGUCCAUCUGAUGUUCCGCUUGAGGAAUUAGAUGUGACUGCCCAUACAAAUGAUCGGCGACAUAGUCGGGUUGGACCUUGA